AUGCGAAAGCGCCUGGAGAAUCUGUUUAGCGAACGACGCCGUCUGAGGCUCAAAGAAGGUUCCAGAAGAGACGAGACGGUCGUAGAUCGAAACAGAGGGAUGGACGAGCUCCAUGAAGAUGGAGAGAGUCGAAUCAGUGUCGAUGAGAUCAUGGAUUUGAACGAUGUUAGGGUGAUAGGACAAGAGAGCCAUGAGCUUAGGCUCGUUGUCGAGACAGGCACGGUCAAGGUCGUCGGAGAGAGAGGCUUUGUCGAUGGUUUUGCAAGCGAAGAAAUCACCGGUGGCCGGAGCGUAGACGCGAGAGACGGUGCCGAAACGGCCACGGCCGAUCUCCUCGCAGAUCUGGAUUUUAGAUAUUAUUUCCCAAUCCAAAUCUAUUUUUUUGUUUUGUUAGAAGUUUACUUGGAGAAGUCUAAAAUUCACAUUUAA